UAUAUGUACACCGCACGAAGUGUCAUCUUCUCGUCGCUUCACACUCUUCAUCAAAACCAUUAAUUCCGAAUCACAGUAAUAAAAGUUUAUUAUACUCUUAAAAAAUGUCUACCGCAACUUUAAGUGCAGCUGAUACGGAGAAGAUUUCCAAGCUUCAAUCUGCUGUUUCCGGUCUCAAUCAAAUCAGUGAAAAUGAAAAGACUGGAUUCCUCAACCUCGUUACUCGCUAUCUCAGUGGUGAAGCUCAACAUGUUGAAUGGAGUAAGAUCCAGACGCCAACUGAUGAGGUGGUCGUACCCUAUGAUACCUUAACACCUGUAUCUGAAGAUCCUGCAGAGACUAAAAAACUGUUAGACAAACUUGUGGUGUUAAAGCUUAAUGGAGGCUUGGGGACAACAAUGGGAUGCACUGGUCCAAAGUCUGUCAUUGAAGUUCGUGAUGGUUUGACAUUUCUGGACUUAAUUGUGAUCCAAAUUGAGACUCUCAACAAGAAGUAUGGAUGCAGCGUUCCCCUGCUUUUAAUGAACUCUUUCAAUACUCAUGAUGAUACAUUGAAGAUCGUAGAAAAAUAUGCCAAAUCAAACAUUGAGAUCCAUACGUUUAACCAGAGUCAGUAUCCUCGUUUAGCUGUUGACAAUUUCGCGCCACUUCCAUGCAUAAAAGAUGCUGGCAAGGAUGGAUGGUUUCCCCCUGGUCACGGCGAUGUGUUCCCAUCUUUGGUGAAUAGUGGGAAGCUUGAAGCAUUACUAUCGCAGGGCAAAGAAUAUGUCUUUAUUGCGAAUGCCGAUAACUUGGGUGCUGUUGUUGAUUUGAAAAUUUUAAAUCAUUUGAUCAACAACAAGAAUGAAUACUGCAUGGAGGUACUGCUAAGAGGCUGUUGUAUGCUUUGGAUCAAUUUGCUAUAUUGGCAUUUUAAUUACAAUUCAGAAAUACGGUGGAGUAUGAAGGGCAUUCAAGCUGGUGAGCAGAACGUUCUAGGUCUGUGUAUUGGUAUAUCUUCCUAUAUAGCAGUUGUACUUGUAUGUCCAGCACAUUGCAGUGAUUUUCUUAGAUUAAUGACUACUUUUAUAGAGAACAGGUACUCACAAAACCCUUUUUUUGUAUUAGAUUUGCUUGUCAUAUAUGAAAUUAGGAAACCAGGUGUAUUUGUUUUGCACCUUUUGAAACUAUAUAUAUUCAUGUUCAAAUUCACUUGCAGUAACUGUUUUCUUAUUUGUAUGCAGCUGCUCGAAAUAGCACAAGUUCCUGAUGAACAUAUUAAUGAAUUUAAGUGUAUAGAGAAGUUCAAAAUUUUCAACACAAACAACUUGUGGGUGAACCUGAAUGCAAUCAAAAGACUUGUGCAAGCAGAUGCGUUGAAGAUGGAGAUUAUUCCCAACCCAAAGGAAGUGGAUGGAAUCAAAGUUCUUCAACUCGAAACCGCUGCUGGGGCAGCAAUAAAGUUCUUUGACCGUGCUAUUGGCAUCAAUGUUCCCCGUUCUCGAUUCCUUCCGGUGAAAGCAACUUCAGAUCUGCUUCUAGUUCAAUCGGAUCUUUACACCUUAUCUGAAGGCUUUGUGACCCGGAACCCAGCAAGGAUCAAUCCAGCCAAUCCUUCAAUUGAAUUGGGUCCUGAAUUUAAGAAGGUUGCCAACUUUUUAAGUAGGUUCAAGUCCAUCCCUAGUAUCGUUGAGCUGGAUAGCUUGAAAGUGACUGGUGAUGUAUGGUUUGGAUCUGGCAUUACUUUGAAGGGUAAAGUGACCAUUGUUGUGAAAACUGGUGUGAAGUUAGAAAUUCCUGAUGGAGCUGUAAUUGCUAACAAGGAGAUCAAUGGCCCAGAGGACAUAUAAAAUAAUCGUAGUCACAGGCAGAAUAUACCAAAAUUACAAAAAUCUCAAACCUUUUCACCGUCGUGUUCUUGAUGAACAAAGCUGUUGUGAACAUGUUAUAGUGUAGAAAUUGUUCAGUGUGUUGUCAGAGUCGUCAGAUGUUUCAGAAACGUUUCGUUUGCAACAUGAAUAUUACUGAGUUUUUGUUUGCCUACACCAGCUGUUUAAUUGUUAGAGAUAAGCCUGAAACAUUAUGUGAAGCAAUAAUCUUUCAAGAGAUUGGAUGAUGCAACAUAAUGGUAUAUAUUUGUUAGAAUUUUAGAUUCAAAAUUCUCGUUUU